AUGGCUGAAUGCGAUAUCCUGCCCGAGACCAACCUAUCUACCUCGGAAAAGGCCAUUCGCAGGACAAAAUCCUUCCAGUCAUUGCGUUACCAAUGGCUGAGUUCUGACGAAGCCCUCAGUUCAGAGAAAUACUCAGACUCGAUUUACGAUGCGGAACCAGUGUUUUCCAAACAGAAUCUCCCCGAGCUCAUCAGUCCCGCCAGUGUAGAAAGUACUGACGACAACACGAGUCCCGUUCUAAUGCUUUCUCCUUCAUUGUCACCUCGAACGCCCCAUAGUCAGUGGCCAAUUCUCCAGUUGAGUACCAUAAUCGAACAAAAUAGCAUUCAGACACUCCGAGCAUCACGAUCAGCUCCUCGACUGCGAGACAGUCCCGAGAAGCAUGCUACGCUCGUUCACCCAAAGGCAUCCGAUCGUUCCCUUCAUCCUUUCGUCCAUGCAGACACAACCAUAAAUGGUUUACCAGACACCUCAUUAUAUCAAGCUCGAUCCCUGUCUUUGAAUAACCUCGAUACCAUACUGAAUCAGAUGAUAGCAAGAGAUUCUGAGCCUCAUUCAUCAUUGACCUCAGAAGGAGGCAUUGAUAUUGCUCAGCUCCCUCAAUAUCCCCUUCGACCCGGUCUAUCGCCCCCAUAUCGCUCUCCAACACCUCCAGGUCUGCCAUCUUUUGGCUCUCCAGAAGCACAGACAUUUCGAUUGACGCCUGAUCAACCUAGAUCACUCUGGUCUCGUUUCUGGGGGUCACCGACGGUGGUGCCUGCUGGUCAAGCACAAUCAGCUAUCUCAAUGAUAUCGCCUUCGAUAGAUUCGGAUUCACCAUCCUUAACGCCUCAAGUCGAUCUGACCAGUCCAUCUAGCGAGGGUUUCAGGCGUACUUUGGCUAUGAUAGGGAUGUCAAGGAUUGUCACACCACCCGUUAAGCCUUCUCAAAGUCCAAGAGCCUCUCUGCCACCCGGAAUCACCAUAUCCACGACACCUGGACCACUUGUUCAAGCCGAGGAUACACGCGAAGCGGUCCUAGAUUAG